ACCUACUCCACCAUGCACGAAAUUAAAGCUGAAGAGUUCCAACAUGGUUCCUUCGGCAUUGGUGGGCCAGCUGGGGACACUAAAUUGUGCCUCGUGGAUGAGAACUUAAAACUCAUUACAAAUCCCGGCGAGGUAGGCGAGAUCCUUCUCGGGGGUCCCGGUUUGACUACAGGGUAUAUCAACCGCCCGGAGGAGAACGAGAACAGCUUCGUCACCCUACAUGGAAUCAAAUAUUACCGAACUGGCGAUUUAGCAAGGUAUCGUGUAGCUAAGCCUGAGGUCCUUGAAUUUGUUGGCCGCGCAGAUCACCAGGUAAAACAGGGUGGUUUCCGCGUGGAAUUAGGAGAAAUCGAACAAACUCUCCAUGCAAGCGGUUGGUUGUCUGGUGCUGUCGUACGGCAAAUUACUUCACAAGAUGAAAACAAAGAACCGUUCCUUGUUGCUUUUGUGAUACCUGCCGUUGCUAAUACAGUUCGUGCCCGUACACUCUCUGAAUUUCUGAAGCAGAGAUUGCCAUCGUAUAUGAUUCCGAGCGAUUUUAUCUUUUGCUCGGAGUAUCCCAUGACGACGCAUGAUAAGGUUGACCGGAAAGCAUUGGAGCAGCAGUACCGAGAAAGUCGAGAGAGGCAAGGGGUUCCCAAUGGAAAACAAGCAAAUGACUGUGGAAACGACACUGCAAGCGUCGUGAAGUCUCUUUGGUCAUCCUUGCUGAACAAAAACAACAUCGACAACGAGGAUGACUUCCUUGUACUUGGAGGAACGUCUCUUCAGUGUGCAACUCUGAUAAGCAAACUGAGGCAGCAUUUAGGAAAGACAAUCUCCAUGAGAUCACUUCAUGAGAACUCACGGCUUGGUGAUCUAGUUCAUUACCUUGAUGAGUUUGCUGAAGGAGGAAAUGCACCGGACGAAGCAGACAAAUGGAUUGCGCACUCCAAGAUCGCUGACUAUCUGCAUGCCGUACCUGAUUGGCAAGCAGAAAAUGAAGGGAAAGUCUUCAUAUCGGGUGUCACUGGAUUUGUCGGUGUCAAUUUUCUGAGCCGAUUCUUACAGAUGCCGAAAGUCAAAGAAAUCGUAUGUGUCGCACGGUCUAAAAAUGGCAUUACACCUCGAGACAGGGUGGAAGCGACUUUGGAGCAAUAUGAUCUCUGGGAUCAAUCCAAACAACACAUGCACAAACUAAGGGUCUUAACUGGAGAUAUAUCUCUCGACUUGCUCGGGCUCCCAGCAGAGCAGUUCGACUGGCUGGCCAACUGGGCAAGUGUGGUCUUCCAUCUAGCUGCCAAAGUUAACUUCUGCGAUCCAUACCAAGCCCAUUUUGACUCUAACACACUGGGAACGAAAAACAUGUUAGAUCUUGCUGCUAGUGGACGGCGAAAGGCCUUCCACUUCAUGUCCAGCAUUGACGCAUGGGGCCCAACCGGCCUGGUAUUUGGGACCCGGAAAUGCCUUGAAGAUGAGCCUCUUGAGCCCCACGUACGAGGCUUAUCAUUUGACAUCGGCUACGCGCAAAGUAAAUGGGUUUCUGAAAUGAUGGUGCGUCGAGCUCGUGACCGUGGGCUCCCCACUGCUAUCUAUCGGCCUGGAUUCACCAUCGGUGACGUCCGAAACGGAGCUGGAAAUCCGGAUGACUUCUUUGCACGCUUGAUAGUGGGCAGUAUCAAACUGGGUGCGUUCCCGAUUCUUCCGCGCCAGAGAAUGGAAUACGUGACAAUCAACUAUGUGCUCGAUGCUACCCUACACAUCGCCUCUUGUAAUGAAAACCUCGGCAGAGCAUACAGUCUGGUUGCUCCCGACCCGAAGGACUCGGUGAACCUUGAACAGACAGUGGAUGUGAUCAGGGACCUCGGAUAUCCAUUGAAGCAUAUCCCCUACUGGGACUGGGUUCGGAUGCUACAGAACACAAGUGAUAUGGAUAAUCCCUUGCUUCCUGUUAUGCCACUACUCCAGGAGCCAGUGUUGAACGGACUCACUCGUUUCGAGACAAGUAGGAAUACGCCUCACUAUGAUAGUUCUAACACUGUUGCAGCCCUGAAGGAUGCACCGGAUAUUCAAUAUGUACCAUUUGAUUCCCAGAUGUUGGAUAAGUUCCUUGAUUUCUGGGAGAGCAAAGGAUUUUACAAGAUGCCACCUAUUGAUAACUAACGGUAGCACUUCGAACUAUUGCGACCGGCUUUACUCGCGGCCGUUCAUGAGAUGGUACAGAGAUAUGCAAGC